UAAUUUGAUGUCCAGGACUGGUUAUGUUGAAAGGUAGCAAAAUGAUUAACCUUAUCGUUGAUAACUUACUGAUGUCUGAUGCUGUUAUUUCUACAGAACCCUCAACCAGCUCUGCAAUCCAGGAGACUGAUGGGUUGACUGGUGGGAUGACACACCGUGAUGCCUCUACACAGGGCAACACAGUGUCCCGAACAACAUCUUGUACACACCGAACUUCUCCGGAAUGAUCGGCUGUGUCUACUGUACACUGGGUUGUCAGUGGAUGCCUUUGAGGCUUUAUCCGACGACCUUAAAGAAGGAUGCAGAAUCUCUCAGCUACAUCCCAAGGAUCAACUGUUGAUGACCCUGAUGGAGCUCCGGCUGAACCUAUUGCAGGCCGACAUCGCAGAGAGGUUCAGAGUGUCCCAGUCUGUGGUCAGUAGGAUAAUCUCUCAGUGGCUGGACUUCAUGGAGGAGAAGAUGAUGUGCUAUGUUCCAUGGCUGCCCAGGAAGACGAUCCAGGCAACGAUGCCACAGAGCUUCAAGGAACAUUAUCCAUUAACCACAUGCGUAAUCGACUUUUCUGAGACCCCUCUUCAGAAGGCUCACAAUCUGGACUCAGGAGGCGAGUCUUACAGUCAUUACUAUGGACAUAAUACAAUCAAGUUCCUCAUAGCUAUUUCACAAUGUGGUUUGAUUAUGUUCAUCCCUCCAGCAUAUGGUGGGAAAUGCAGUGACAAGUUCAUCACAACCAACUCAGGGUUUCUGGAGUAUCUGCGUCCAGGUGAUGAGGUGAUGGCUGACCGAGUAGUUGUUAUCCAAGAUCUUCUGUUUGAACGUCAAGUCAAGCUCGUCCUGCCAGCUUUCACCAGAAGAGGCCUUCCGUUGUCCGAAGAAGACACCACCAACACGAGGCGCAUAACUAACGUCCGAGUGCACGUUGAUAGGGUCAUAUGCAGCCUGAAGAACUACAGAAUAGUCUCUCAAACAGGGCCCAUUAACCUUGCCCCGAAAUUUGACAAAAUUCUGAGAGUCUGUGCAGGUCUAUGUAACCUACGUGGGGACAUUAUACAAGAAGAUAAGUAAUAAGAUGUUCAAUCAGUUAUAAGUUAAAUCAGUUGUAAUGGUUACAUGGUUAAAAGCCUACGUGCAAGUUAACCGUAAGUUUUGAAUAAUGGGUACAUAAAGCACUCACAAUAUGUGUAUCAUUUUAAAAUGUCUCCAAAACAGUGUUAAAGUUAAAGUUUUAUUUAUU